AUGACCAACCAAAUCUCCCGCGACGGCCGGACAUGGAAAGAGCAUUUCCCAGAAGGUGAUCUCUGGGUCUUUGGUUAUGGAAGUCUGAUAUGGAAACCACCUCCUCAUUUUGACAAACGGGUCCCCGGAUAUAUUAGUGGAUAUGUGCGACGGUUCUGGCAGGCCAGCACCGAUCAUCGCGGGACGCCGGAACGACCGGGGCGAGUGGUGACGGUUAUUGAGAAGUCGUUUUGGGAGACGUUGGAUGAUCCGCACAAAACCCUCGAAUCAUCCAACUCAUCAACCGUCUGGGGUGCCGCAUACCACAUCCCUGCCUCUCAUGCAGAAGAGGUGCACGACUAUCUCGACGUUAGGGAAAUAGAUGGUUAUACAGUGCAUUACACACCUUUCUAUGCAGUGAGGCCCAAAGACGAGCAGCCGCCAUCACAACACCAGCAAUCACCACUGUCCGAACUCCUGCCUACCUCAUCCAAACCCAUCACUUGCAUGGUCUACAUCGGCCAACCGACAAACCCUCAAUUCCUGCGUGACCCGGCCGAGCGCCACCCUGCCUCUGUGGCAGAAGUGAUUAGUCGAGGGGUAGGGCAAAGUGGACGGAAUCCAGAGUAUUUGUAUCUUUUGGAAAAGGCGCUGGAGGGUUUGGGAUUGGGCCUUGCCGAUGGCCAUGUAACGGAUUUGGUGAGGAGGGUGAAGGCGAUUGAGGGUCUGCAUGAUCGGAAAUGGGAGGCGGACGAGGAGGAAGAACGUGCGGAGAAGGAGGUAGAGAUAAAUAUUGCUGGGGGAGGCGGUACAGUGGAUGCUAUAGAAUAG